CAAAAAGAAAAAGAAAAAGAAAAAGAAAAAGAAAAAGAAAAAGAAAAUUAUACAAGCUUGAUAGGAUCUUAAACAAGAAAUCUGAGGGACACCAUUUCUUGAAAAGAUAAUAAUUCUCUUAACAAAACUCGGAGUUGAAAAAAUCUUUUAUCGUAUUUUACCUGCGUAUUGUACCUAACAUACCUCUUCCCCCCUCUCCUCCCGCAAUGACAACCGCUCACUUACACUCCCACGACGGAGGUAUCACGAAUCAUUCUCACGAUGGUUUCUCUGUCGCCGAGCACGGCCACUCGCACGAGAUCCUAGAUGGGCCGGGGAGCUUCCUCGGGCGUGAGAUGCCCAUCGUCGAGGGUCGUAACUGGCACGAGAGGGCCUUUACCGUCGGCAUCGGAGGUCCCGUCGGCUCCGGCAAAACCGCCCUCAUGCUAGCCCUGUGCCUCGCCCUCCGCGAGCAGUACUCGAUCGCGGCCGUGACGAACGACAUAUUCACGCGGGAAGACGCCGAGUUCCUGACGCGGCACCUGGCGCUGCCGGCGGCGCGCAUCCGCGCGAUCGAGACGGGCGGGUGCCCGCACGCGGCCGUGCGCGAGGACGUGUCGGCGAACCUAGCCGCGCUCGAGGACCUGCACGCGGGCUUCGGCACGGACCUGCUGCUCAUCGAGUCCGGGGGCGACAACCUGGCGGCCAACUACAGCCGCGAGCUGGCCGACUUCAUCGUGUACGUCAUCGACGUCAGCGGCGGCGACAAGAUCCCGCGCAAGGGCGGCCCCGGCAUCACCCAGAGCGACCUGCUCGUCGUCAACAAGACUGACCUCGCCGACGCCGUCGGCGCCGACCUGCGCGUCAUGGAGCGCGACGCCAGGAAGAUGCGCGAGGGCGGCCCCACCGUGUUCGCCCAGGUCAAGAAGGGCGUCGGCGUCGACCAUAUUGUUAAUUUGAUCAUCAGCGCGUGGAAGGCGAGCGGUGCCGAGGAGGCGUGUAAGGCUAACGGCGGCCCGAAGCCGACGGCUGGGUUGGAGACGUUAGUUUAAUUCCGGGAAUACCCUGCCCAAGUACAUAUCUACCUACCUUAGGUACCUCGACUAGAAUAAAUAGAAUAUUCAGAACUUGCACAUAGAUGGGAAAGAUAUA